UGGGAGCGGCUGCGGGGUGGGGUGCGGGUGCGGAGGGGACAGCCUGGGCCGGCACCAGGUCACUGGUCACCUCCGGAGAGCCCUGGGCCCGCACCUGGCCAGCUCCCGGGCCCGACUGCCAUGGCUCGCCGAUCCCAGAGCUCCUCUCAGGGGGACAAUCCCCUGGCCCCGGACUACCUGCCCCCCCACUACAAGGAGUACUACCGGCUGGCCCUAGAUGCCCUUGCUGAGGGGGGAGCUGAGGCCUAUCAACGCUUCCUGGCCGAUGAGGGAGCCCCUGAUUUCCUGUGUCCAGAUGAGCUGGAUCAUGUGAGCCGACAUUUGCAGCAGCCACAGCACGCCUCCCGGGAGAAUGCUGCUGCCCGAGGAAGUGCCUCAGGAUCCCUUCCCCAAGCUGAUGGUGAUGUGGACAUGGACGGCUCUUCUGGUACCUACUGGCCUGUGAAUUCAGACCUGGCUGUGCCUGAACUUGACCUCGGAUGGCCUAUGACCUUUGGCUUUCAGGGCACUGAAGUUACCACUCUGGUGCAGCCACCACCACCUGACAACCCUAGCAUCAAGGAUGAGGCCCGUAGGAUGAUCAGAGCUGCCCAACAGGUGGUGGCCAUCGUGAUGGACAUGUUCACAGAUGUAGACCUGCUAAGUGAGGUCUUAGAGACAGCUGCCCGACGUGUCCCUGUCUAUAUUCUCCUGGAUGAGAUGAAUGCUCAGCACUUUCUGGACAUGGCUGAAAAGUGCCGGGUCAACCUGCAUAAUGUGGAUUUCCUCCGGGUUCGCACAGUCUCGGGCCCUACCUAUUACUGCCGCACAGGAAAGUCGUUCAAGGGCCAUGUGAAGGAGAAGUUCCUAUUGGUGGAUUGUGCUGUGGUGCUGAGUGGGAGCUACAGCUUCAUGUGGUCCUUUGAGAAGAUUCAUCGAAGCAUCGCACAUGUGUUCCAGGGAGAGCUGGUAUCCAGCUUCGAUGAGGAAUUCCGCAUCCUCUUUGCUCAGUCUGAGCCAUUGAUCCCUGCAGCUGGAGCCCUGGCCUUGGCCUUGACCCAUGCGGACACUUACGCCCUGACUCCCUAUGGGGGCCCAGGACCCCUAAUGGGGGCUCCUCUAGGAGGACCAGGGUCCUUUUUCCCCAAGCGUGCCCACUUGCUGUUUCCACCACGUGAUGAAGGCCUGGGCUUCCCCUCCUUCUUGGACCCUGACCGUCAUUUCCUGUCAGCCUUCCGUAGGGAUGACCUGCUUCGGCACUCAGGGGGCAUGGGAGACAUGCAUGGGAUGAGGAUGCUUCCACGUCGGCCUGGCAUGGAGAUGGAGGCUGGGCAUGGUGGGGAUCCCAGCACACGUGGCUUCCUCCGUGCCAAGCACCUGGAGAUGGAAGCAGGGCAUGGUGGAGACUCUGGUAAUCGUGGCUUUCUCCGUGCCAAACAUCUGGAGAUGGAGGCUGGCAAUAGUGGGGACCCCAACUCCCGUGGCUUCCUCCGAGCCAAACAUCUGGAGAUGGAUGCCUUCAAGCGGCAUACCUUUGCUGAUGGAGCCAUGGAGAACUUUGCUGCAUCCCGCCAGGUGUCCCGUCAGAUGUUUGUUAGCCACGGUGAUGACUUCCGCUUUCAGACUAGCCACUUUCACCGGGACCAGCUCUACCAGCAACACUAUCAGUUUGAACCCCAGUUCACAGCUACCCGGCCCCAGGGCUUGUUUGAGAAGCUGAGGGCUGGACGUCCAGGUUUUGGGGAGCCUGAAGAUUAUGGCUUAGAGGGGAGUCCCCGUUUCCCAGAGCUAGAGUCAGGUUUUGGCCCUCACCCUGAGGGCCCUGGUGGACACCUGCGGCUGGACUAUGUGCCAUCCAGUGCAUCGAGGGAAGUCCGACAUGGUUCUGACCCUGAACCCCGUGGACUGGAGCCUGGUGCCCCACAGCGCCCUAAUAUUGGGCAAAGGUUCCUUUGUCAGACAUCACCUACACAGAAGCAGAGUUUGGAGCAACGGUGGUUCCCACCAGACACUGACCAAGAAAUGGAACCCAACCGGAAGGGCGGGGCUGAGGGCCGGGCAGGGCUACGCAACUGGCGCAUCUCUUCCUACCUCAGCGGCUGCCACUCUGACGGUGGAGACGAGGGUCUGCCUGGCCCCAUGGAGGCAGAGUCCUAUGAUGAAGUCCUGGGAGAUGCCCCUGGCCGCUAUCCCUUACCCACUGGGGACCUGCUCCCCUCCUCUUUCAGGACUGGGGGGCCCUUUCCCCCAAAGGUUGUAGGUGGGGGGGAUGGCCCAGAGCGAGAGGCGACUGAAGGGGCAGCCUUGGUCAAGCAGGACUCAUUCCGCUCCCGCCUUAACCCCCUGAUCCAGAGGAGCUCCCGGCUUCGCUCCUCCCUCAUUUUCAGUUCAUCCCAAAAGGAGGGACCUGGAGUUGGGGCACCUGGUACUGGGGCUACAAAUGAGAAGGUACAACUCUUCCAGAAGGAGCAGACAGUCAGUGAGACAGUGGGCGAGGGUGGUGAGACAAUCCGGACAGCCUCCUCCUCCAAAGUGGCAGAACUGCUGGAGAAAUACAAGGGCCCUGCCCGGGACAGAGACCGGGACCGGGACCAGGAUAGGACAGGUGGUUUGGUCACUGUUAGCAAAGCAGCAGUGUCACAGUCGUGGCGGGAAGAGACUGGGACAGGUAGCGGGGGUACAGAGCGACGUAGCCUUGAGAGCUGCCUCUUAGAUCUGCGUGACUCUUUUGCCAGUAGGCUGCAUGAAGAGGCUGAAAAACAGCCCGGGGCAGCCACUCUGAGUGCUGCCCAGCUUCUUGACACCCUGGGUCGGGGGACUGACAGACUUCCCUCUCGAUUUCUUGCCUCUGAUGGUAGGGCUGCCCUGGCCCAGGGCAGGGCAAGUCCUCCACCUGAGAGGAAAGGAAGCCCCACACCAGCCUAUCCAGAGAGGAAGGGGAGCCCUGUGCUUGAAAAGAGAGGGAGCCCCACACCAGCCUAUCCAGAGAGGAAGGGGAGCCCUGUGCCACCUGUCACUGAGAGGAAGGGGAGCCCAACUUUGGCCUAUCCUGAAAGGAAGGGGAGCCCUGUGCCACCUGUCCCUGAUAGGAAGGGGAGCCCAACCAUGGCCUAUCCUGAAAGGAAGGGGAGCCCCACCUCGGCCUAUCCUGAAAGGAAGGGGAGCCCCACCUCGGCCUAUCCUGACCAGCGCAGCAGUCCCCUACCUCCAGUGCCUGAACGGAGAAGUAGUCCCAUACCCCCGGUGCCUGAGCGGAGGAGUAGCCUCACAUUUGCUGGGGACACCCAGAAAAUAGGGUCUCCUGGGGAGGAAGAUGCUGGCCGACCGGAGCCCAGUCCCAUGGAGUUCCUGCGUAAGGGAUCACUUCGCCUGAAACAGUUGCUGAGUCCCAAGGGAGAGAAAAGGCUAGAGGAGGAGGGUGGCUUCUUAGGGCCCCAGGAGAAUGGGCAGCCCGAGGGUCCCCGCCGACCAUCAUGGGGAGAUAGCCCAGAGAUAGGAGCAGAGGAACGGGGCUCCAGGCCUCGCCUGGCCUCUGCCACAGCUAAUGCCCUCUACAGUAGCAACCUUCGAGAUGACACCAAGGUGAUACUAGAGCAGAUCAGUGCUCACAGCCAGAAACAUCGUGGCGGGGCUGGAUCUGGGGCUGGGGCAGGGGGCGCAGCCCACAGCAGCCCUGAGCUGUACCGCUCGCCUGCUGCUGCCCUGGAUGCCAGCCGGGCCCAUGAGAUGUCUGACAAGGACAAGUGCUCAGCUAUCUUCCGCUCAGACAGCUUUGGGGGUCAGAGUCGCUUCAGCCGCACGCUGCCGGCUAACCUGGAAGAGCGAGAUACCCUGCUACGGAAGAUGGAGAGUAUGCGGAAGGAGAAGCGUGUCUAUAGUCGCUUUGAGGUCUUCUGUAAGAAGGACGAGGCUGGGGCAGGUGAGGCUGGGGCAGGUGAGGCUGGAGGUGAGACUGAUGCUAGGGACCGCAAGGUGGGCAAGUUCAUGCCCAAGAUCUUGGGCACCUUCAAGACCAAGAAAUGAUCCAAAACCCUGGGAAUCUUUCCUGCCCAGAGUGUCACCAUCAUUGACUCACAUUACCACUAACACUCAAUUCCUUUGUGGGUCCAGUGACUAAGUCAGAUGCCAAGUCUCUAAACAGGGUAGGAUGGGAUAGGGUGGGGAGUGGGUAUUGGAUGUCCCCUUGGGUUUAUGAGGGAGAACAUUGCCUAGAGGUGGACCACCCCCACCCUGACUAUGCUCACAAGUCCAGUGCACUUGGGCAGAUCUAGUCCCCACAAUAAUGUACUACUGCCUUGCCUGCCUUUGGAAUGGGGCUUUACAUUUUGGGGUCACUAUUCCCAUCUGCCCAUCCAAUUAUAUUGGUCUGUCCAUCUGUUCAUUUUCUAUAUCCUCCUUUACUCAAAAGCUCUUACCUUCAAUUGGAAGGUGUAUACUCUGUUCCCACUCCCCCCUUGCCCCACCUCCACACGCUGAUCUGCUUAACUCUGUGCCUCUCCCUUCUCCCACUGGUCUGCUCAACUCUCUGCCUCUCCCUUCUCCCACUGGUCUGCUCAACUCUCUGCCUCUCCCUUCUCCCACUGGUCUGCUCAACUCUCUGCCUCUCCCUUCUCCCACUGGUCUGCUCAACUCUGCCUAGUGUGAUUGCUCGCUCUCUCUUGUGCUCUCUCACUCUCUGUCUCUGUCUCUCUUCCUCUCUCCCCAGCCUGUUAAUGCAUCUCUCAGUCUGAGGAAUUUGGAAGUAACAAAUCCUCCUCCGAACAGAGCCCUACAGUUUAUGAAGAGUAUUCACACACUAUCCUCAUCACGGCCUUCUGAGGUGUUUUUCCAGGUUAUACAGCUUAGGAAACUGGACCUGGAACAAGAGACCAGGUUUUCUGGCUCCUUGUCUAGUGCUCUUUUCCACUGUACCAAGUUGCCUUUCCAAUAGAGAGACAGGGUGGAAAGUCUUUGCUCUGUGAGGGUGUAUAUGUCUUCUCCCAGGCGAACUUUUCCCUGCUUAGGGGAGGGAGGAGGGAACAUGAGGGCAGGGAGAAGCCUAUCUUGUAGCAUUUACAAGGAAGGUAGCCUUACCAGCACCAGGUACUGUGUGGAGCACCCAGGAGGCACUUAAUAAAAACUGGUUGAUUUGCAGGUUGGAUGGGGUGGGACCCUGGGGAGGUAUAGGCUUUGGUUGGGUCUCCAGAAAAGGGAGCUCAGUGCUGCCUGAGGUUCUGAGCUAGCAUCAUAUUCUUAGAUGGAUGUGUGUCUCUGUGGGUAUUGAAGAGGGUCCCCAACGAUGAUGGACCUAAGAUGCUAGGAGAGUUCCCCCUGGGGAGGGGAUGGCACGACUCAGUGCCUGGGUGUCCUCUGCCCUCUCCAGGGAACCGGGAGAGGGAGGGAUGAGGGAAGACUAAUUUGCUGCAUCAAUAAAUUAGACUUGAA